AGAAAAUGACAUUCAUUUAAUUGAAUGCUCUUUUACAGGGGUGGAAUGGGACCUGAAAUCUCCCUUGUGUUAAUAUUGGGCAGUCUUUCACGAUUCUGUGGUUAAACAGGAUGCGUCGUAAAUCAGGUUAAGAAACACUGGCUCUUGUGUGCUGUCAGCUUUUGACACACUUCUCUGUGCUAUUUUUAGGAUAUUUGAACAGAUUUAGCUAAGAUUCAUGCACUUUUCACAAGUAACCAAUAGGUGGCGAUGCGGUCAUAUUCUACUCUUGGCCAAUGGGAGAGAACAUGAGAGGGAGGGGAGGAGCAGAGAGGGUAAGCGAGAGAGAUGAGUGGGUGAUAAAAGUAUGUGUAAGUGUGAGGGGAAGAGAGAUGACACCGAGGCAUGAGAGGAAAAGUGUGAGAACAAAAAGCCACAGGUAGGCAGCAAGAAGGCGAAACAGGUUCUUGUUCCCGCUUGUUGGUUUGCCUGGGAUUGACACUUCCUGGAUUGUUUUCAGUAGUCCUGCAGAAGGCAAUCCAGCCAGUGCGUGUUGUGUGGUGGUUAGUAGUUUUAGCACCAGUGGCAGGGAGAAAGCAGACAGACCAGGAAACUGGAACAGCAGAGGGAGGAGAGAGGUUUCCUCUGACUGGGAGGCAUUGGAGGAAGGAAGCCAGUGUGGAGACCAGACCAGCCUGGGAAGGAAUAAGAGAAACCUUACAAUUUGAAUGCUGCUGCCUUCAGCUCAACAGAGCUCCACUUCCUGGUCAAGAAAGAGUCUUCUGUGUGGCGAGAGACUGGCAGAAUACCCACACCUACAAACACACACAAAGGUCUCUAAAGAUUUUCCCCUCCUCCGCGCAUUUGUCAGACUUGACCAGUAAGAAAGUAAACAGGGGCAUGUAAGAUUUGCCGUGUUUCUAUGUUUUCUUUUCUCCCUACUUUUGCUGGGGAAAGAAAAGCAAGAGUGUAGCUGCUGCUAAAUUGCUGCUCAGGAGUUUUUUGUUGUUGUUCUCAUGGCUUCUCGCUGCCUGGCCCGGGGCUGUGUGUGCUCUGUGACUCCUCGCAGAGAAAAGGGAAGGCUCAGUGUGUGAGAGAACCAACGGUCUGAGAAUAUCGGCCAUGGAGCGGCCCGGGGGGGAACAGGGAGGAGCAGGGGUGUCCCCCGAUCCUGAUGAGUCCCUUCAGGAUGGAGACGAACCAUACACCUCAGCCUCGCCGGUCUCGUCCUCUUCUUCGUCUUCCUCCAGUCCGGUCCUGCCCUCCGCCGCCGUUGCCGCCGCCACCCGAGGCCCCCAUACCACCAAGAACUUCACGCUUCGCAUGUUUGGCAGGAGGAAAGCCAUUGCUAAGUCAGGCCUCCAGCAUUUGGCUGCCCAGCCCAGCUCCUCAUCCCCAGGCAAGGCAGACCCGCUGCGAGAAAGCUGCAACACAGUUGACUGGAGUGAUAAUGCCCAGUUUGGGGACCAUAUCUGGUUUGAGACCAGUGUCUCAGGAGACAUCUGUUACGUAGGGGAGCAGUACUGCGUUGCAAAGACAAUGCAAAAGUCAGUGGCGAGGAAGAAAUGUGCUGGCUGCAAAAUUGCUGUUCACACCAUGUGCAUUGAGCAGCUAGAGAAGAUCAAUUUUAAAUGUAAGCCAUCAUUUAGGGAACCCGGAUCUCGAAGCAUUCGAGAGCCCAGCGUGGUCCGUCACCACUGGGUCCAUAGGAGGCGGGAGACAGGGAAGUGUCGACAGUGUGGGAAGGGUUUCCAGCAGAAGUUCUCAUUUCAUAGUAAAGAUAUUGUUGCAAUCAGCUGUUCUUGGUGCAAACAGGCAUAUCACAACAAGGUAGCGUGCUUCAUGAUGCAGCAGAUUGAGGAGCCAUGUUUGUUGGGAGCUCACGCCUCCGUCAUCGUGCCGCCGACCUGGAUCUUCCGGGUACGCAAACCACAGACAUCAUUAAAAUCAAGUAAAAAGAAGAAACGAACAUCUCUGAAAGGCAAGCCCAGUAAGAAGGUAGAGGAGGGUCGAUGGAAGCCCUUCAUCGUUAAGCCUGUUCCCUCACAACUCAUGAAACCUCUGCUUGUGUUCGUCAACCCCAAGAGUGGAGGCAACCAGGGGGCCAAGGUCAUCCAGUCCUUUAUGUGGUACUUGAACCCUCGACAAGUGUUUGACCUCACCCAGGGUGGUCCCAGGGAGGGGUUAGAAAUGUAUUCCAAAGUGCCCAACCUGCGGAUUCUGGCUUGCGGAGGAGAUGGAACGGUGGGUUGGAUCCUCUCAGUUCUAGACCAACUCCAGUUAAACCCUGCACCUGCUGUAGCUGUCUUGCCUCUGGGGACAGGAAAUGACCUGGCCAGGACUCUCAACUGGGGUGGGGGCUACACUGAUGAGCCAGUGUCCAAGAUCCUGUCUCAUGUGGAGGAUGGGAUCGUGGUGCAGUUGGACCGCUGGAACCUCCAAGUGGAGCCCAACCCAGAGGCCGGUCCCGAGGAGAAGGACGAGCAACAGACAGACAAGCUCCCCAUUGAUGUCUUCAACAAUUACUUCAGCCUUGGCUUCGACGCUCACGUAACCUUGGGUUUCCACGAGUCCAGAGAGGCCAACCCGGAGAAAUUCAACAGCCGUUUGCGGAAUAAGAUGUUCUAUGCUGGGACGGCCUUCUCUGAUUUCCUUAGUGGCAGCUCCAAAGACCUGGCCAAACACAUCAAAGUGGUGUGUGAUGGCACAGACCUCACCUCCAAAGUCCAAGAACUGAAGUUACAGUGUCUGGUGUUCCUUAACAUUCCCAGUUACUGUGCUGGCACCAAGCCGUGGGGGAACCCCAGUGAGCACCUUGACUUCGAGCCGCAGAGACACGACGAUGGCUGCAUCGAGGUCAUCGGAUUCACCAUGACCUCUCUGGCGACGCUGCAGGUGGGCGGUCACGGCGAGAGGCUGAACCAGUGCAAGGAGGUGACUCUGACCACGUACAAGUCCAUCCCCAUGCAGGUGGAUGGCGAGCCCUGUAAGCUGGCCCCUUCAGUCAUACACAUAAACCUGAGGAACCAGGCCAACAUGGUGCAAAAGAUGAAGAGGAGGAUCUCCAUGCCCCAGCUCAAUGAUCAGCAGCCGGUUCCCGAGAAACUUCAGAUUCGAGUGAGCAGGAUCAGCAUGCAUGCCUACGAGGCCCUGCACUACGACAAGGACAAGCUCAAAGAGGCCUCUAUCCCGCUGGGCGUCAUCACAGUGGCAGGAGACAGCGAUUUGGAAACAUGCCGUUCGCACAUCGAACAGUUGCAGGACAGCCUGGAGGAGGAAAGUGAUGCUUUGAAAUCUGAAAAACUGUUGGCACAAAAGCUUUCCCCCAAAUGGUGCUUUCUUGAUUGUACAACUGCAGACAGAUUCUACAGAAUAGACCGUGCUCAGGAGCACCUGAACUUCGUGACGGAGAUCUCUCAGGACGACCUCUACAUCUUGGACCCAGAGUUGAUCAUCAAGGAGACGGUGGGCACCUCGCCGGGCAUGCCCGACUUGGUGGACUCGUAUGGGGAGUGCCAAACACCUGAGUCUUGCCAGUUUGCCUUCCCUUCCUCCUCCUCGUCACCCACCUCUUCUCCGGUACAGAGGCUCGGUGAGUCCCAAAGGAAGAGGGUGUCCAGUGACAGCUCUGUGACAGAGACCUUGGCUCAGAGCAGCGACUCCCAGACCUCCUCCAAGACCGGCCUGUCCAGGAGAGGUGCUAAAAUUGCGAAUGUUCAUCGAUCCCCCACACCAAGUGCAGAUGAUUUCAGGCCUGUGUUUUGUCCUGGAAGUGCCCUGUUGUGUGACGCUGAAAAAGUAACUGAAUUAAUUGACUGCAUGAAGACAGAGGACCUUGACAGGUUCACAGAGCUCCACAAACAGGAGGCUGAUAUUUUCAUGAAAGAUCCUUUGGGCUCCACUUUACUCCAUUACGCAGUGGAGGUGGGCUGCAAUGAAAUUGUCAAGUACAUCCUAGACCACGCACCUCCAUCUCUCCUGGAUGCGACAGACAAAGAGACAGGGGAGACCGCUCUCCAUAAAGCUGCAUUCAUGAGGCGCAGGACAAUCUGCCACUAUCUGGUGGAGGCCGGGGCUUCUCUCAUGAAGACUGACCUUCGGGGUGAGACUCCCAAGCGGCGUGCGGAGAAGGCCAAUGACCAGGAGCUGGCGGAGUACUUGGAGAACCGCCAGCAUUACCAGAUGAUCCAGCGUGAGGACCAGGAGACGGUUGUAUGACCAUCCUGCUAUUUAACCGUGGCAGCGCCACGCUCUCGCUCUCUCCCUCGCGGUUUGCCAAAGCCCUGACAAUAGGAAGCUCUGUACUGGGUUCAAAGGAGAGCAGAGGGAGGGGUCUUCCCUCUUCAAUGGGCCAGGCAGGCUACGGCAUAGAAAUACUAUAGAAUAAGCGUUUCAAUGGGCUACACUGCCAGUGUGGCUGGAAGUGAAGGGGUGGGCCAGCAGAGGCAGGUCUUCCUUUCUUCCUCUUGCUAGUGACGCUUCAGUUUGAUUAGUGUUAAGAGCUGUGUCAAAGUGCAUGUGUGAAAUAAAAAUAAAACGCUUUUCUCCUAUCGCUGAUGGGUCCGCUACUGCACAGCAAGCGAAUGUAAAUGAAAAGGGCACGUUAAAAAUACAUGCUUUUUGGGGUGUUUUCUGGGCUGGGAUAACUGUAUCUGAAUGUGGCUUCACAAAUCUUGUAUCUUAUUCCAUAUGCAAUGGCCGCUGAUUAUUUACAGGAAUGCAGAAAUUUUGAGUGUGUCAUUGAAAUGAAUGGAGGUGGCUUUAGAUCAGGGAUACGGUUUGUGUAAGUGUGGGCAUGAGAUAGGAUAGAGGCUUUGCCAUAUUGUUUUCAAGGCCUUACUUCCCUAUUGAAUUCUAGUGACCUCCGGGUGUUUUUGUUUACUAGGAUGGUCUGUUUGCUCUUUGCUAUUUGAUAUUUAACUUAAAGCUAAUAUCUAUCACAGAUAAAAUCAUUUAUAUACUAUAUAUAUAUAUAUAUAUAUAUAUAUAUGUGUAUGUAUGUGAAAUGUUAUACUAUUUAUAAAGAGAGCUGUUUGCAAUUUUGCUUAUGAUCAAAUAUUCUUAAAACAGGUAUAGUCAUUUAUUAUUGAAAGCUGUUUUUGCACUGCCACACUUAUUGCUAAAAACAAAAUGCUUUGUAUUUGUAAAUGUGGCUUGAAUUUUCUCUUGGUGCGCUACAUUUUAUAGUUCUUAGAUAUUUAUAUAACACAGCUUUGGAAUAUUUUUCUGUUAUUUGUCCAUAUUUGUUACAUAAUAUGUAAAUCUGAUGUAUGUUUCCGAAUGUGUACUCUGUGAUCUAUAGUUUUUCUGUAAAAAUUAGAAAAAUUGUCAUUUACUUCUUAGAGGCAUCUUAAGUCCUUAAAAAAAAAAAAAGGCCAGCAUCAUCUGUUGUGGAUGAUAAGUGGACCAUGUGGACCAUGUGUAUAUUACAAAGACACUACAUUUGUAUUAUCAGGAAGUUAACUGUCUCUCCGCCAAAGGACAGCUAUAGUCCAUGUGUUCGGUUACAUGUUUUCUCAUUAACCAUGAUAUUUCCUACGUUUCUUGUUUUCUUUUGAGGAUUUUUGCUUUAAGCGACAUGGCAAUAGCAUACAUAUUUGCAAUAACAAUGCUUCAUUAGAGAAUGUAAGAAUUUCUCCCUUCAUCAAAGAUACACUUGCCAUUGCAAUAUAACAACAGUUUACAAUUGGAUAAUAUAUGCAUCAUAUUGUACAAGUGCAGUAUUUCAACUCAUAAUUCAACACAUUGUAGGAAACAAAUUCACCAAUAUGAUCACAAACCUCUGAAUGUGUUUGUAUAUUUUAAUAGGUCGCCAUAACUCCAGUAAAUAAUGUACUACUAAACUACUGCACAUUUAUAAUAAGCCACUUAAGCUAAUGACAUGUGAAGACCAGUUCAGUUCAUUUUACUUCAUGAGACAUAAUGUGUCGCAUUCCUUUAUCUUGAUUCAACUUAUUUAAACACUAUUUUAUGUGCAAACCGAUGGCUCAAUUUUAUUUUUAUUUUUGCAACAAGUAUUAUCAGAAACAUUGUUUUGUUAUAAUUAAUUAUUGCUUUGUAUUUAUCCUUAGAAAUCUUUACUAAAAGGGCCUAAACAUUUUUUAUUUCUUUUUUUGGGGCUCAUAAGGGGUUUAAAAUACAUUUAUGUAUAUCAGUGCUUUGUUUUGAGUUGCUGUGCAACUCAGAGUUAGAGAAUUAGCAUUAAACUGUUAAGGAUGUCUGAAAAACUACUGCUGUUACUGUCCAGUAUGCAGUCCCCUUGUAUCUACAGGGAGGACUGUAUAUUGAUACAUUUUGUACUCAAUAAGCAGCACCAGUAAUGGACCGACCUGUAUGUAAAUGUAUUAAAUAUAUAUAUAUAUAUUAUUAGUUCAUCUGUAAUGUAUAUUUGCUCUUCACGCCUGUUUAUUUGGAAAUAAAUAAAAGUUAAAACAUU